AUGGUGAUCAAGACCGACCUCUCCCUCUCCCUGGUUCCCACCGCCACGCCGGCGCUCAACAAGGACGACUACUUCGCCAUCUGCCUCGCCGCGCUCGUCGCCACCGACAAGGAGCAGCAGGCGAGCGCGUGGAACCCGUCCCCCGCGCCGGCUCAGGAGCUGCGGUUCAGCUGCGCGGUCUGCGGGAAGGCGUUCGCAUCGUACCAGGCGCUCGGCGGGCACAAGUCCAGCCACCGCAAGCCGCCGCCCACCGGAGAGCGCUGCAUCGCCGUGCAGGCGUCCGCGGGCGGUGGGUCGGAGGCGAGCGCGGCGGCGUCCUCGGGCGAGAGCAGCGGCGGCCCGCAUCAGUGCACCGUCUGCGGGCGGGGCUUCAAGACCGGGCAGGCGCUCGGAGGGCACAAGCACUGCCACUACUGGGACGGCACCUCCGUGUCCAUGUCCAUGUCCGUCUCCAUGUCGGCGUCCUCCGCCGUGCUGAGGAACUUCGACCUGAACCUGCUGCCGAUGCCGGAGAAAGCAGGGGUGAAGAGGUGGGCCGAGGAGGAGGAGGUGCAGAGCCCUCUCCCCACCAAGAAGCUGAGGCUUUUGCUGUAAAAGAAGGAGAGAUGGCCAAUGGUCAACCGCCCCUUGAUUGAUUUGUUCAUUUGUUGAAUUUGAUUAGCGCCCUCUCUGAUCUCUCCGUGUCCAUGGUGAGCCGCGCUUCCCGAUUUUCCUGGGUCGCUGCUAUACUGUCAGAAGAACUGAAACUUGAGGCAUUGCUCGCAAGACCGUAGCACCAGGGUUGCGGUCACUGACUAAACCUAGCCAGUCUGCAUUUUAUUUUUGUUCUUGAUGAGAAAGAUAUUUACAAUUGAUUCGUAGUCGCAAUCGGUCUUCAAUUUAACUGACGAUUUGGUGGUGAAACUAAACACUUUCAGGUACUGAUGAUCGACUACAAGCUAAUCUACCGAAGUGGGACUGCCACUGCCGUCCUCAUAAACGGGUUCCACACACCUCAAGGAGAUAAGAAUGCAAGGCAGCAGGUCCGUGGGAUUCCUCAAGUACUUUGGGAUCAGCUUCUUCUGGAGCUUCUUCCAGUGGUUCUACACCGAUGGCAACGUCUGCGGCUUCCGCCGGUUUCCCACCUUCGGGCUAAAAACCUGAAGUAAACAUUUUUCUUCGACUUCAGCCUGACGUAUGUUGGCGCCGGGAUGAUCUGCUCGCACCUCGUCAACCUCUCCCUCCUCUUCGGCGCCGUCCUCUCCUGGGGUGUAAUGUGGCCGCUCAUGAGCAAGUAGGAGGGGAAGUGGUACUCAGCCAAGGCGUCUGCCAGCAGCAUGCCAGGCCUUUCAACGGUUUACGAUAUCAUCGUCCCCGAACUUGCAUCGUUUGUAUCGUUGAACUGAAUGACAUUUUUUAUAAAAGAAAAAUGUUUUGUUUCUUUUUUAACUCACAUUUCUUGCAAUGAUGUUCUGGACUUCUUUUGUUUUGCGACUUGAACUUUUACCAACUUGAAUUACCGUGUAUGGAUGAGCACUUGAACUUAUAGAAGUGAAAGUUUUUGGUUUUAAAUUCAUAUUUGUUUCCUUGUCCGAACUUAUGGUAUCAUCAUUAUCGAACUUGCAUGGUUUGUGUAGCUGAACUGAAAUAAAUUUUUACCCGAAUAAUGUGUUGUGUUUUUUGUUUGAGCAUAAUUUCCUCGGGUCCAUUGACGGAUUUCCUCAAAUUCACAGACAAACUGACUGUGUUUUAUUUUUUGAACUUACAUGCUAGUAAUAAUUAAAUAUUCCCAUACAAUUUUUUCACUAUUCGUGGCAUCAACCAAAAUAGGCAGGAGAGAGCACUAUCGAACUGAUCAUUGUUUUUGAUUCAUACUGAUCAUUGUUUUUGAUUCAUACAAAUUUUCCUUUCUUGCAGAAACAUCUAACUGUUAUGUACACUUUCUUUAAGAAGUAGCAAUCAAAUCAUCAGACAGAAAUUUUGAAUUUGCAGUUGGUGCUAUGUGUACGGAUUCCAUGUUUCGGUCGUCCUCAUUGUCUGCGUCAUGUACUUCAUCCUCAACCUGCUGGUGUCCUUCGUGCUAGUGAUCGGCGGCGUCAUAGUGGGCUAGUGAUCAGCGUCCGUCCAAACCUCUCUCGUGCUGCAGUACAGAGAGAAACAAAAUGGUGAGAGAAAAGAGCAGUAGAGAGAAACAAAUUAGAGGUGAGCUACAAAAACAUUAAAUUAUUCUAAUAAAUUCCUAUGGUCAGUAAUAUCCAUAGUGAAGCUUGGCUCUAUAUAGUACUGAUCAGUACUAGUAUUUGUGUAAGUCGUAAUGAUCAGUACUGCUACUUUUGUCUUACUAAUGAGCACUCGUACUGAUCUAGCUAACACAGCGAAUUUUUCAUCUAGUGGACUUUUUAACAUUAUAUAAUUCAACAAUAGAGAAUAUAGAUAAGCAAACACCUAUUUUUAUGGAGAAUAUACCAUUUUUGGCGACCUUCAUGUGACCAGCAGUGCCGGGGUGAUCUCGUGUCUCCUGCUGCAGGUCGACGAGGAACAGGCGUGACAAUGAAAACAAAACCAGUGAACAGAGUGGGAGUAAGUGGUGGUCGAGCGGCAGAUGGAGCCCCACAACUCAUGCACCCGCGUCCACCGCCGACCGCCGCCAGCCCAGCCAAACUCCAUGAGGUCCACCUGCGCCACAUCGCCAUCAUCGUACUCCAUCAGGAUCUCCAUGUACAUUGCGUUCCACACCUCAUCGUGGAAGCCCACCUUCAGCCAAGAACUCGCUUGGGAACCAACUGCUCGAUCGUAGACCAUACUCGUCCUUGUGGGACUGCCACAAGCGUCGAGGUCGAACUAUUGCACAAAAGAAAUAAAUCAGGAACUCAUGGGAUGCAGGGUCGAAAUGUUGCAGAAAAAUAUGUGGUUUCUCUUUUUGCUCAGACAUUCCCACAAAUGUACCAAGUGCACAGGUUGAACUGAUCUCGUGCACGGCACGAACUUGCUCGAGGGUAGGCUGGGAGCUACGAGUGGAGUAGCACAUGGAGGUGAACUUCGACUCGGAGGCUACAUAAAAAGAGGAAGGGGAAAGGCCAGACCUCACCAUUGCGUCGUUGAACGGCCUCUGUGUCACCGGUGAACGGACUGUGGUGCCGGCAGUGAACGGCCUGGGCGCCGCGGUGGCGCGAGGGUGGUUCUUUUUCAAACUGGUCGUGGUUUGUUUUUCGAACUUAUCUAGAUUUAAGAUAUGAACUUCCUGGCACAA